AUGUUUCAAAUCUACGACCAGAUUAUAACUAUAAGCCAAUCAAUUGUCACAUCAUUAUUGAGGUCGACCUCUAGUAUACCAUACGUGCCAUUAAUACCAGCGGUUGUGCUAAUCAUAAUUGAAACUCAAUUUCAACACUUCUUUUACGUCUCAAGACAUCAAUGGCUUAAUGAAUACGACUAUAUCGUGAUCGGUGCCGGGAGUGCCGGUGCUGUAAUGGCCGCCCGACUCUCGGAGGACCCCUCUAUAAGCGUACUGUUAUUGGAGGCCGGGAUGGCUGAGAACAUCCUAUCGGACCAUUAA